UGCAGCAUCGUAGAUCAUCGCAUUUUCGAACUUUAGUGAUGUGGCUGAAAAAUAUUGAAAAUAAAGCUUGUCUUCGACUGUGAAUGUUCUUAAACUUCAAGUGCUGUGCGAAAUUAAAAUUUACAAAAAUGUUUCAAUACUUUAAAUAUUUAUUAAGCGCGCAAAUUGUUCUCUGUCUAAUAAAUACAGCGUUUUCAUCAAAUACUGAGUGGCCCUGUAAGGAUAAAGCGAAUACGAGCAUACCAGAGUCCAAUGUAUGUGACGGUUUCGUUCAUUGUACUAAUGGACGAGAUGAGACUUCAUGGACAUGUGCAGCGAAACUUUGUAAAGCGCAGCAAUAUCGCUGUGCUUACGGAGCUUGUAUAGGCGCCGAACUCAAGUGCAACAAGCAAAUUGAUUGUUUCGAUCGAUCUGAUGAGACAGACUUUCUCUGUGAUCCAACUGAAAAGGUCUUCGAAAAGAUGCAAGGAACGUGUUCAGAGGAAGAGUUCCAAUGCAAUACGGGCGAAUGUAUUGAUGAAUUGGACAUGUGUAACGGUUUUGCAGAUUGCAAGGACGCAUCAGAUGAGACUGUAAAUGCAUGCGCUCAUUUAGAAUGUUCAGAUGGCUCAUUUCGUUGUGCCUAUGGCGCAUGCAUUAGUGUACAACAAGUCGGUAAUCAAGUUUGGGACUGCCUCGACGGAUCCGAUGAACCAGUCGUGAUUGUGCAAAUCACUGAUAGCUUAAAAGAGAUGGAGAAAGAGAAAGAUGAAGCAAAGCCUGUUAGAAUAUACUGUAAUAUACCGUAUGACAAGCCUAAUAUGUUGAUUUUAAAUAAAACCGGUGAAGUGGUUACGAUUUUGAGCUCCUCCAGUAAGGUAUUACAAAAUGAUACAGUGCAUUUCGAUUGUUUGCCUAACUUUACAUUGAUUGGAAUCGAUCAUUUGAAAUGUGUGAAUAAUGAUUGGUAUCGGCAGUGGCCGCAUUGCGAAAGGAAGGUGCAAUUUCCGUGUAAGGACAAUGAAAUCACUUGCGACAACGGUGAUUGCAUAGACCCGGCAGUGGUUUGCAACGGUGUUAAAGAUUGUGCAGAUGGCUCAGAUGAGAUACUGCCGAAAUGUGUGAAUCGCACAUGUACGGAAAAUGAGUAUAAAUGCAAAUAUGGUGCUUGUAUUCCUAAAAAGAAACGAUGUGAUGAAAAUAAGGACUGCGCGGACGGUUCGGACGAAACAACUUUGCUAUGCACCGAGGAUUAUGAGAAAUGCUCGAAAAUACUUCAAGGCAGUUGUGACUCGGAUGAAUUGGUGCAAUGCCGUUCGCAGGAAUGCAUUUUCAACGACGAUCUGUGUAAUGGCAUAAAAGACUGCAGUGAUGGCUCCGACGAGUCUGUUGAAAUGUGUGCCCAUAUAGUAUGUGCCGAUGGAGCAUUUACCUGUGGUUAUGGUGCCUGUGUGCCCUACACAGCGCUCUGCAAUGGCGAAGUAGACUGCGCCGACGGUUCGGAUGAAUAUGCUGAGCUGUGUGCUCCCAUAAUAGAGGAGAAAGAGAAAUAUGAAGCGUUGCAUUUCGAUGAUAGUUAUGCAGCCAAUGUAGAAAAAUAUGAUGUGAUUAAAGAGAAGGCAAUUUUAGUGGAAGAAAUACUUUCAGGACAAAUUUCCAGUACAAUAAUAACUGAGAAGAAUAUAGCUGGCACGUCCAAUAUUAUGCCCGAAGUCAUCGGUAUAAAACCAAUUACACCAAUUAUAUCUCUAGAUGCGGAAAUUCGAAUACCAAACCGACGCUGCGCCAUACCGGCUAAUCGAGUAGGUUUACGUGCAGCUGAUGAAGAUAAGAACGUAACACUGAAAGUAGGCAGUCAAGUUGACGUUAACACCAUUGUCACAUUCAGCUGUGACGAAGGCUGGUACUUGGUCGAUGGAGACUCUAUGGCGCUAUGCAUGACUACAGGCCAAUGGUCCUCGGCGGUUCCAAAAUGCGAAAAACGUUGCCCACCGCACUGGAAUGGUAUAUCGACCGACACUAUAUGUACAUACGAAAAUAAAACAACCGAUUGUCAAGUAUACAGUAAGCCUGAUACAACUGCCGUUGUAACAUGUGCUGAGGGUUAUAUAUCUAGCUCUCCAAGUCAAAAAUUGCUUUGCGGUGUUGACGGAGAAUGGGAUAAGACGAAACUAAAAUGUAAGCCGCAGUGUGUAAAACAAUCCAAGGAUAAACCGAUGAUUGAGGAGGCGGGUGUGAGCAUCUACAGAAUCAGUAAAGAUGACUUAAACCAGCAACAGCUCCAAUAUCAGAUGGCUUGCAGAGGCACUAUAAUUUCACCGAAAAUUGUGCUGACUUCCGCUUUCUGCUUCAAUACGAAUGACCUGAACAAUUCGAUUGCAGCUAACGACCCGAUUUUAUACACCGUUCUGCCGUCGAGUAUGUCUAUUGGGAUCUUUGGUCAAUACGAGCAACUUAAUGGCCGUCACAAUAUAUCUCAAAUUAUUAUAGCUGAUGCUCCGAAUAUUGAAGUCCAAACAGAUACCCCAGCGAUUGUUGUGCUCGUCGAUUACUUUACUAUAAUUCCAAAACAAAUUAUGCCGAUUUGUUUAGAGUUCCCACUUUCAUGUAGAAACCAGAAAAAUAAUACGGAUAACACAGACGGACUUCUUGAGGGCACAGCCAUAUUAAACAGCGAGGAUUGCUUUGUCGUCGUUGGUUCAAUGGAGUUUAUAUACAUGGAUAAGUAUCAGCAGUGGCUCGAAAUGAAAAUGAUGCUUCAUAAUUAUCUAUUGUAAUCUUAGUCCUCAAACAGUGUUAUAUAACCGAAACCAAGUUCGAAGAAUAUACUUAUAGAUGAAGAAAUAUAACAGAUAAAUAUAUAUAAUAU